CCUCGUGUGUUGACGAGAGCUCCCAAAUAAGUUCCAAGUUGAACAAAAACAAGCGACAUACCCCCGCAUUAUUCCCCGCAUUAUUCCCCAUUUAUAUUCUGGUUGGUCGGCACGCUGCUUGCAAAUCUUCGAAGGGAAACACACGAAAACAUGGGCUACAGAAAGACCAAAAAGCUAAAGGCUAAUCCUGCCCACCUGUUCUUGCAAGCUCCAUCAAUGCACGGGCAAGGCGGGAGCGUGGAUGAUGAUCCAGCUCGUAGUAUUGAUUCACCGCUGGAUGCAACGAUUGUGGAAACCGAAUACCCUACAGAGGAGGAGCGGGCUUUUGAACAUGGGCACGGCCAAUUUGGACAUGGAGCGGAUUCUGGGUUCAUGCAUAGACAGUUUGCGUCGUCAUCGACAUAUCCCCUACCUCCGUACGGAGGACCGUUUUACUUUCACGGGCCUACUCCGCCGGCAAUGCCUUAUACGAGCUACUGGGAGCCAGGUGUGCCUGUUAUUGGACCAGGAGCAGCAUACGGUCAAGAUCACCUCCCACCUACCAUCCAGGUCUCCCUCACGAGUCCGAUAUCCCGAUCCGCGAGCGAUCCGAGCGUUUCGGACGGCUCUCGCAAAGGAUCGCUAGCCAUUACCACUGAUAUGUUUUCCUCGCUGGCCGUGGACAUCAAGGACCGUCCGGCGUCACAUGCCACUUUAGGACGACCUUCUCGGCGUGGUUCGUUUGGACACUCCGCAGGGCAUCCGGUACACGUGCCGGGAAGGUUGUCGUAUUACACCCCUAAACAGCCCAAUUUCUCACCUCAAGAACAUGUGGAUGAGUCUGGAGAUGCGGGGUGGUGUUAUGUUCCGCAGGGCUAUUAUCCAGUACUAGUCCCUGCGCAUGUACCGGCGAACGCAGAGGUGUUGACUGGUUUGCAACAAAUGGGAGGCAUCUUACCGAGACUGUCGUCCCGACCUUAUGAUACCAGCUUUCAGACCCCUGCUUCCUCAACCCAACCUGAGAUGUCCAAUGUGAAAAGCUACAACCUUCAAAAACCAAAGAAAGCCCCGCGACCCGCCAAUUCGUUCAUAAUAUACCGAAGGGAAAAGCAAGACGAAGUAAUGCGGGCCAACGAAGGAAUCACCAACAACGAGGCUUCCCGCCUCAUUGGCCAAAUGUGGGCCAACGAACCGGCCGAAGUCAAAGAAAUCUACAAACGCAAAGCCGAAGAUGCCAAACGCCUACACAACAUUACCUUCCCUGACUACAAAUACGCCCCACGCAAACCCUCAAAAACGCGAAAAGUCGAGACAACCACCAACAAGAAGCGAAGUUUUUCGGAAGGUAUGGAUGAACCCUCUGGAAGUUUUAGUACCACUCAAGGGAGUACGGGGAGUUUGGUCGAUAGUUCUACACCUGCUUCUCCAAUGUUGAGCCGCGACGAGGAAUCCAAUACAGUACGGCACCCAAAAACAUGGGUCGCGCACAACCCGUCUCACCCCAAAUGGACACCUAUACCAAUCUUCCACAUGGGCCCCUCCCCCUCGCAACCCGAUAUCCCCCAACAUACCUACGUCCCCUGGCAAGCCCCCGAGAACCCACACCUAACGCCACCCAUCUACGAAUACCCUUCCCAGACCUCAUUGCAUUCGACACAGGAUUUGUCGUUUGGGAACGAGCAAAGAUCGAAUUCGGCACCGCCGGGACAGGCUCAAAUGUUUGGGCAGCAGGUGCAGGGGAGCGUAGAGGAGCCGGCGGCUUCGACGUCCGCGCCGGUGUGGCUGCAUCCCGCUCAAUGAGACGGAUUUAUACCGUUUAAUCUCUUCUAGUUGGUUUCCUGUAAAGCUUGAAUGUUUUGGACGAUUUUAGUUCUUUUCACGGAGAUGUAGAUCGUUGCGUUUUCGUUUUUUCUUUUUUUGGUUCCACCUCUUAAUAUUCCGCAAAAACUAUUGUAAUAUAGAGUCCUAUACGUUUACCACG